AUGCCAUCUGCUGAAGGAGACCACCCAAAGGAAGGUGAAUCAUCAAAAAGCGAGGGGAGUUCGUUUUUUGGCCGCUUAUUUGAUCAUGAUCCUCAGAAGUUAGAAGAAGAAAUCCAUGAUCAGCUAAAUGCGGAGGAAAUACAACCUAGAAGGACAAUCGACGAUGAAAUGGACAAUUUAUUUCAGGCUUUUGCUGGUUUUGGCUCCCAGCGGCAGGAUCCAAUGACGGAACAUGACUCUUUUCCGUUCCCAGCAGCAGCUUUUCAGAACGCAUUCCAUGGUGGAUUUCAACGAGCAUCCUACCGGAUGCACCAAGAUAAUCAAAAUGUGUACGUUGAAUUUGACGUACCUGGUACCAAAAAGGAAGAGAUGAACCUAGAGGUUGUGGAUAUCCCUUCCUGUGUCAUUGAAUUUGGUCAGAGCGCCAAUCGCCGACCUACCAUGGAGGGUGAUGCUCGGUUUCGCCAGUUUUCCUCUUCUUCUUUCUCCCAGCGAUUAAGACUGGGACCGUCGGUUGAUUGCGAGAAAAUGUCGGCAAACUUGAGCAGAGGUGUCUUACGACUUAGUGCACCCAUAAAAGAGGAAAAGGAUCGAAAGCCUGUACGACUUUCAAUCCCAAUCGAUGAACAAUCAUAG